AUGUCCAGAAGAAGAGCUUACCCACAGCCGCAAUAUGCCACCGCACAACCGGCGGCGGCGCCCCAGUUCAAUCAGGGCUACGACUAUGACCAAUUGAAUCAGAACUUCCUGGCAAUGAACGUUCAGAAUAACAAUCCAAACCAGGGUGCUCCAGCGUACCCAAACGCUGAUCCUGCGGCCCAACAGGCCCAGACUGGUUAUGGUCAACCGGUUGCAGGCGCUGCGCCAGCUUAUGGCGCUAACUACGCCCAGAACCAACAAUUCCAGCAACCAGCCUAUGGAGGUCAACAGUCGUAUAAUUCCUCGUAUGGCGCCGGCGCUGGUUAUUCAGGUGCCGCUGCCAAUGGCACCCCUAGCUACGGCGGUCAGUCGGGCGCAGCUCCAGCGUUGCCUUUGAAUCAGUUGUACACUACGGACUUGUCGAAGGAGCUUCCUCCAUCUAUCAGUGACUUGUCUUUACCACCACCUCCACUCAUUUUGCCUCUGACGGCCCAGCUCAUUCCAUCAUCUGAGACCGCCAAUGCACUGCCCGAGUACUUCCGCUCCACAUUGAACGUGGUUCCUGCCAACAACUCGCUUUUGAAGAAAUCCAAGUUGCCUUUGGCACUUGUGGUUAGACCUUACAACACCUUACAUGACGAGACGGAACAGGUACCCGUGGCAAAGGACACGAUCAUCUCAAGAUGUCGUCGUUGUCGUGGUUACAUUAACCCAUUUGUCUCCUUGACUGAAGGUGGAAAAAGAUGGAGAUGUAACUUCUGUAGCUUGCAGAACGAUAUCCCCACCGCAUUCGAUUACGACGACUUGACCCAGAAGCCCGCAAACCGUUACGAUAGAGCAGAGUUGAACCAUUCCGUGGUCGAGUUUGUUGCUCCAAAAGAGUAUAUGGCUAGAGCUCCUCAGCCAAUCGUUUACACCUUCAUUAUCGACGUUUCUCAGGACGCCAUCAACUCUGGCAUGACAUCUACAGUGGCCCGCACAAUUUUGGAGAGUUUGGACCGUAUUCCUAACAGAAACAAUACUGCACGUAUAUCUAUUAUCGGUGUGGACUCCAACUUGUAUUACUUCCGUUUCAAGGAAGGUUUGCAGGACGGACCCGAUAUUUUGGUGGUUUCUGACUUGGAUGAACCAUUCUUGCCUUCCCCUGAGGGCUUGUUGAUCAACUUGGAGGAGAACAGAAAAGCUAUCGAGAAUUUGUUACUAGUUUUGCCUUCAUACUUCGAGCACUCUGCAAACAACCACUUUGCUUUGGGCCCUGCCUUGAGAUCUGGUCACAAGAUGAUCUCCAGCAUCGGUGGUAAGUUGAUUGUGUUCGCCGCCUCCUUGCCAAGCAUCGGUGAAGGUAAGUUGUCUGUCAGAGACGAGUCUGCCCAUUCCGGCAAACCUAAGGAAUCUCAGAUGUUGUUGAAUGCUGCUGAUAAGUUCUACAAGGCAUUCGCAGUUGAAUGUAACUCUGCUCAGGUGACUAUUGACUUGUUCUUGACUGGCUCAAAGUACCAAGAUGUUGCAACUUUGUCUAACUUGCCAAGAUUCACCGCCGGUCAAACCCACUUCUAUCCAUCGUGGAUUUGCUCUAAGGUUGAAGAUGUUAACAAAUUGUCUAGAGAAAUCAGCGAGCACUUGUCCAUGGAUAUUGCUUUGGAGGCUGUUUUGAGAGUGAGAUGCUCCACAGGAUUCAGAAUGAGCGGUUUCUUUGGAAACUUCUUCAACCGGUCCUCUGAUUUGUGCUCUUUCCCAACCUUCCCCAGGGACCAGAGUUAUGUUAUUGAAGUCAACAUUGAGGAGACCAUUGCUAAACCAGUCGUUUACUUCCAGGCUGCUGUGCUACAUUCCACGUGUUUUGGUGAGAGAAGAAUUAGGGUCAUGAAUUUGGCUAUUCCAACUUCUUCCAAGUUGGAAGAUAUUUAUGCUUCCGCUGAUCAGUUGGCUCUUACCAACUAUUUCACUCAUAGAGCUAUUGAGAAGGCCUUGGCUGGCUCCUUAUCAGAUGGUAGAGACUACUUGAUUAAGUCAGUUGUGGAUGUUUUGAACGUGUUCAAGAAGGACUUGUUCCCAGGAAACUUCACUGGUGGCUCAUCCUUACAAAUCUCUACCAAUUUGAGAAUGCUUCCAUUGUUGAUGUUCUCGUUGACAAAGCACUUGGGUUUUAGAGAACAGAGAGUCCCCGCCGAUCACAGAGCCAUUGCAUUGAACAAUUUGGGAUCUAUGCCUAUCCACCAGCUUAUCAAGUCCAUCUACCCAACGGUGUACUCAUUGCAUAACAUGCCAGAUGAAUGUGGAUUGCCUGAAGAAAUCGUUCAGGUCAACGAAGAAACUGGGGAAGAAGAGACUGUUACAAGCACAUCGAUUUUAUUGCCUGAGCCAAUCAAUGACACCAAGGCCUCCUGGGAGAACUAUGGUUUGUAUUUGAUUGACAAUGGCUCAGAAUUGUUCUUGUGGGUUUCUGGAGACGUUGUUCCAGGUCUUGUUCAAGACUUGUUUGGAACUGACAACUUGUAUGCUGUGCAAACUGGUAAGACCGAGUUGCCAGAGUUUGAAUUUGAAGAGUCCGAGUUCAACUACAAAGUCCGCCAGAUCAUUGCCAAGAUUAGAGAGCAGAAGGACUCCAUCACGUGGAAGAGUUUGUACAUCAUUAUUGGUGGCUCUUCUAAUGAACCAAUGGAAAUGACCCAGCAGCGUGACUUAAUGGCCUUGAGAUUGUGGGCUUUGAGCUGCUUGGUUGAGGACAAGACCCAAUUUGAGCAGGGCUACAGAGAGUUCUUGACCUCCUUGAGAAGCAAGAUCACCGCCUAA